GCGAAUUAACUAGCUCGUUUGUGCUCUUACCAACCAUUGGCUAGCGAGAGGAAAGCAUACGUAAGGAAAAGAAAUAUUUAUACAUUUCAGUUAUCAUGCGCGUAAAGCAGAAAGUGACGACGAUAGGUGUAAAACUUUAUUUUAAAAAUCCCGGCUCCUUUUGGGACUGAAUAAUUGGGAUGAUAUGUUUUGUUCUGUAACCCUGCCUGCAAUUACCAGGGAAUGAAUGGACUUUGGAACUCUUGUAAUAACAAGACAAUAGGAAACAAGGUCAGGUUUGAAAUAAAAAACGCUCCCAGUUGUGUAAUUGUGCUCACUUGAAGACUGUCUACAAAAAUUAAAAUUGAAGCGAAAGCAAAUUUGAGGCCUGACGUAGCAAGAAAAUAGAUAAUGCUAAAUAAUACAAAACACCUAAAGCUAUCUUUAGAGUUAAGCCAUGCGUAGUUCAUUGGCAUACGCGUGAAACACUCCAGGUGCACGUGAGCCACUGAGUCGAUCCAUAAGGCGAGACACUUGAUAGCUCAAGAUUAAUUACCAUAGCAGUUCAACUUUGAUUGACAAACUUUCAGCAUCUCUCUGUUGCUUCCUGAGUGUUAAUGAUAUUUACUUACAAAACUUAUCAGCGAAAUGAAAUCACGCCAUCAAGCCAACUAAAACGGUUCAUGGGACAAGAAACCCAGAUCUCUGCGUUACCCUUGCUGUUAACGUUUAAUUUAUCAUCAAUUGUUCAAUUCUCUCCCUGUAUUUACUAAGGUAAGAGAAACGUUCUAGAAAAUAGGCACUUAACUAAUUGUUCGAUUCAUCUAGAAUAAAUUUUACUUCACCCGGCUAUUAUCUUAAGCAGUGCCAGAGGCAGGGAUGUAGGCCGUUUUCCAGUAGUUCAUUUUCUAUCUUAAAAUAUCAUUCAAUUCCUCUUAGUUUUACCACCAAAGGUCGUCAUGUGUGAAGUUAUUGAUCAGUAUAAGACACACGUUCUAGGCAGGUAAAUCAAGCACAUCAUUGUUAUAACGAAUAAAAGGAUUCACUUCUCUCUGCUAACAAAACUUCAUAAAAAGGACUCAUAACAUGUUCAUUAAUUACAAGGCUGUUUAUUAAGAGGUGAUGCGCUUAGCCAGGAAAGGAUUACGGAAACAUUUCCAGCUCUGCUCACAAUGAAGGAAAUAUCGAUGAAGAAGUCAGACAAAAGCCUCCUACCAUUAAGAGGCAAAAUAUCUCCUCCAACGAUUUUAAACUGCGACAACCAUGCCUAUGAACAACCAUACCUCGAUAAGGAAACCGCUAAUGAUAUUGCCAAAAGAGAAAGGAUGUUUUCUGUAUCUUCGAGGAGUGCCUGUAGUUCCAAACAUGACUCUAGUUUGUCUGAAGUGAGAUCCAUGACUCCUCCAUUUACACCACCGACGAACAAUACAAAUGGGGAUCAAGGGUUCCUUGUAAGACGACCUUCGGAACAUUUUCUUGAAGUGCUAGGAGAACAUAAAUCGAGGGAAACGCUGCCUAAGGUAUUGUCAGCCUCAUGUCUUCCUCCAUUGCGAAAUGCGUCUCAAGGAGAAGACGCUAUCAAGAAGAAUAUUAAAGAUCUGAAGGGAACUAAUGGUGUAAUGAAUAAUAAUUACGAUGGAGCCUUUUCCCGCCCAGUUGCACCUGAUAACAACACAUUGCUUCUUGGACCUGGAGGUAGGAGAAGGAUGUCAACACCAAUUGGCGUUGAGAAAGAACAUCUUCGCAAAACGAAUUCUUUGCCUUUAAUCAAAACUGGCUUUGCUCUUACAACGGGAACAGACUGUAUAAACGAUUCCGCCUUCCACAAGCACACAAAGUCCGCGUUCACAAGCCAGGAAAACAAAAUAGACGAAUGCGUCGACCACAUUCAAAAUGUAAAGAUCGAUGAAUAUUUAGAUGAAGAAUUGUGCGACGAAGACGGAGUGAUCGAUCAGAACGAUGAUGAGGAGACAUUCGAAAAAUUCUCAAUGAUUUGCCAUUGGCUGAAAGACUGCGAAAAAGCUAAAAUCACUUAGCAGCUGGAUUCAAACAGACUCCAGGAAAUGUCUCUGUAAAUAUUCGCUUUGGUAGUCUUUGCAGACUUUGCAUGCAUGUUGCACGUAAGUUAUCAGCUCUCUGUUUGACUUUAUUGAUCAUUUAUCAAACCAGCUGAUGUUCCUGGGACGAAAAGCUUUUAACCGGUACUUUGUUCUUUUGAUACAUACUGAUGAUAAAAAGUCUGCUGGAGGAACGCCAACCUUAUAAGCUGCGAAUUGUUUGGUUUAGUUGAACUUUAAAACUGGCUACAACACUAUUUGGAUUGUUCGUUUAAAUCGACAACCUAAGAAAUUAUCUGAAUUUUUUGGUUGAUUAACAAACAAGAAAAAAAAAGAAGUACACAUGGGCGUUUCAGCGAUACAGGAACAAGCAUUGCCGGUUGUUAGCUUUCUUUGAACUAUUUUUAAGAAGGAAAAUAAUCUUUAUUCCCCGCUGUCGAUUUAUUUCUUAUCGUUUCAGUAUCAUGAAGUUUCUAUGCCAUAACGAUCGAUCAAUCGAUAUGAUGACUGAGCAUUCUUCAGGAUUACACAGUAUCACUUUAAUCAUCGCCUAUGUAAGGCAACAAAGAAAAACGAAUACAAUUGCAGCCCAUAGUUAUUUAUUCACGGUCUUUCAGAAAUCAUCCGCUUCACGCGUGAUUCUUUACUGACCCGUAAUGUCCUCUGCAUUCCUCCAAAUCCGGAGCGGAUCUGAGAAAUCAAGACGUCUUCCCCGGCUGGCGCGGGGUCCUAUAAAUAAUUGUCCAUAGCUGCGAAAUGAGAGUGUAUAUAGCGAACUAAUGAAGAGCUAAAUUGAUACAAUUAACUGCCAAAUUCUAAAAUCCCUCAAAAGUUCUUUAUCAAAACACCAUGUGUUUUUCAUUGUCUAUGGUGUCAUUCUAAUUUAUACAGUGCCUGAUUGUACCAUAAUUAGACUCUGAGUUAGGCCUCCUUGAAAGUUUUAUUCGCGCUCAGGAAAGCGGCUUGUAUUUGUGUAAGGGCUUAGCUUCCUUGAAAUUUAAUUUAUUUGGUCUGAGUAUCUGGGUGGUAUUUACUUUGUAUUUUGUGAAGAUGAUACUCAAAAUCCUUGUUAUGACAUAUGAAGAGUCAAGUGGGUUAUCGGUUUGGGAAUUUGUUUCAAAAAACGAUGUGUGAUUUAUAUAUUUCAUUUCAUAAUAAUAUGAAAAUGUUUGAGGCAAAACUUGAAAGAAUAAAAUUCUUAAAAGUCAA